CGGCCCCUCCUCCCUUCCUGUCAUGCUCGGACGCGGGAGGAAGGAGGGCGAUAACUUCAUGUGACUGCUCCUUCCCUGAACGCCCUUCAGCAUCGGUUGCGGCUCCGGAGACACCACAUGGACCCGGCUCCCCGGAGAAAGCUCCGUCACUGACAAGACCCACAAGGAGCCCCCAGCACCGCCCGGGAAGGGUACCAUCCAGGACCAGUGGCCUGUGAAACUUGCAUGUAAAGUCUGAACCAGCCUCACACGGGAUCAAAGCCAUCACCAUGGACUUCGUUAUGAAGCAAGCUCUGGGAGGGGCCACCAAGGACAUGGGGAAGAUGCUUGGUGGAGAUGAAGAGAAGGACCCUGAUGCAGCCAAGAAAGAGGAGGAACGUCAGGAAGCUCUUCGGCAGGAAGAGGAGGAAAGGAAAGCCAAGUAUGCCAAGAUGGAGGCUGAGCGGGAGGUCAUGAGACAAGGGAUCCGAGAUAAGUAUGGGAUCAAGAAGAAGGAGGAGCGUGAGGCCGAGGCCCAGGCUGCGAUGGAAGCCAACGCUGAAGGCAGCCUCACUCGUCCGAAGAAGGCCAUUCCACCAGGUUGUGGCGAUGAAGAAGAGGAGGAAGAAGAAAGCAUCCUGGACACUGUCAUCAAAUACCUCCCUGGGCCUCUCCAGGAUAUGUUCAAGAAGUAAUUCCCCACGAACUCUCAGACUGUUUCUACUAUGAACAGCAAAGCAAUGCCGUUCCCGCCACUUGGUGGGAGCUCUCGAUCUCGCCACCCACCAUGCACCCCUCUGCUCACUCCAUCUCCCUGCCCCCUCCCUCCCCUGGCUGCCCCAGGCCCCUUGGCCAGGCCUAUUUGUACAUAGCCCCCUCCCCACUCUCCCCAGUAGAUGCCUCCCAUCCAUCAGAUGUCAGGAGCAGAGUGCCGCAGUCUACUCAACUUUAAUUAUAAGCCAUAGUACUAGGUGUGUUAGGAAACUCAGCUAAUCAGGCACCUCUACACUCGACAGAGAAAAGGGGAGACCUCCCAGUGGCUUCUGGCCCUCAAAUAGGCAGCGCCACAUUCCCGGAGAGCAAGCAGGGGCUUCUUUUAAUUAUCCACGGGAUAUUUGCCAUGACCACCAAUGGGCCAACCAACCGGCCUUGGUCACAUGGGGUUUCCCCCACUCCUGUAGGUGUCUUCACUAUCGCUGCCCUCUCCCAGGGAAAGGGGAAUUUGUCUCUGUGCAGGGACCCUUUGGAAAGGCAAUCAUUUGGAAUGCAAACUUCCCGUAGGAGGGACAAGCCUCCCCAAGUUUUCCUUGUUUUAAUACCACUGCCACCCAGGUCUCAGAAUCCAGCCUAGGGUCUUGUUCCACAUAAUUAAGAGGAGAGGAAAAUAGGAAAGGGAAUGACCAGGGAGAGGGGAGAAAAGGGGUUCUGGGGUGUUCCCUGUAGUCUGGUGGUUUUACGUACAAAACUUCUUGGAGCAUCCUAGAAGAGGGCCAGGCUACCCUUCCUGCCUUGAUAUUGUGAGCUUCACACACACAUACACACACACACACACACACGCGUGCACAUGAACACACACAUGUAUACACACACAGACACACACAUAUACACACACACAUAGAAACCUCUUGAGACACAGACUGUGAAACUGUCCUCUCCCACUCUGGACCAUAUGAUGUUAUCUUAUCAUCACCCGUAGCAUCUUGUAGACACUCUCCCAUUGCCCCAUUGCUUGGGACAAGGAGGGGCUGUCCUUCCUGUUUUCCUAUGCUCUCUGGUAAGGACACGGAAGCCCAGAGGUCAGGGGGCGAAUGGUAUUAACUAUUAGGAUCUCAGAACAAGUAGGAAAGGCCGAUGUUCUAAUGCCUCAUCUUUCUUCCUGCAUGAAAGACAGAGCUAUCAUUAGAAGUGGGAGCUUGGAGCUCAUUGUUCCAAGACUCUGCUGUCACGGUAACCAAACUCAGGAAAGUGAGGAUGAAACUGUCCCUAGAGCAAACUCCCUUCAAAGAGGAAGCCGGUGUGCACUGUUCUGCCCCUCCAGGGUAGAUUCAAGUAGAUUCAGCAGGUUUAUGCUGAGCUCCAGGGCCUCUGUCCUCCAUCUCACAUUGUAGCAUCCACCACUUCUUUCCCAAUUUGUUUUUCUUUUUAAAUGGACUUUUCAAUUUUUAACAAAUGAGCUAAAACUGUCUAUCUGUACAUCAUCUGCAUUUCUAUGUCUCCAUUAUCUAUCUGUACAUCAUCUAUCCAUCCACCCAUCCAUCCACCAUUCAUCUCUGACUUUCUGUCUCUGUCUUUCUGUCUGUCUCUCCCAUCCACACCUCUCUCAUCUCCCUCUCUCUCCCAUUCAUGCCGCAGGCUAUUUUAGCCUGUGAAGAUUCCCAUGAGAAAUCUCUUCUAUACUAGGCAGGAAUAAUAAGUAUUUUCAGGGGGUGAUGUGGGGAAGGGGUGAGGGAAAGAAACCAGUUCAGUUACAACUGUAACAGGUCACAGCUUGGAUCUUUUCAAAUUUAUUUCUAGGGGAAUAGUACACAUGAUCAGGGAGGAAGAGACCCAUGUCUUGGGUUCGAGAAGGGGUGGGGAAGUGACUGCCGCUCUGGGAGGCCAGUUUGCUAAUCUCUCACUGAGGUUACUACCCAAGCUCCAGCCCUAAGUGCACUCUCCUGGGUUAUUUUUCCUACUUUCCAUAUUCCUCCCAUUGAGGAAUUGAGGGGUGGGUUGUCCUCCUUAGGAGGUCUGCAUCAAACCACCAGUACUAGAGAGGUGAGAAUGGGGGAAGGGUAGGGGCUGGUGUUUGGAGGCCCAGAGUGAGGAUGCAUUGUUUCCAUUCAAACUCUCAGUUCUGGAUUGCUGAGGCCAAGAAUGAUGAUAAGGUUGAAACGACUGGCCUAGGUAUAUACUGGACAUGUUUUCUCCAAACAAUACUGAGCUCAAGAAUCACACAACAGGCCUCCUGGGGUUUGCAUUAUCACUGUGCCUUCUGGGACAACCUGGAGCUGGGAAAAGACUGUUUGUGCAGAAAAUAAAUCACGAAAUCUAUUAGUGUCCCUCCAGUGAGUCUGGAUCUCACAUUGUUUGAGCUUCAUUCUCCUCCCAAACACUCAGUGUCUCUCUCUGUGUCUCUGUGGUCUCUCUGUCUGUCUGUCUGUCUCUCUCACACACACACACACACACACACACACACACACACACACACACAGACAUGCCUCUCUGCUGGAGUUUAGUAGAACGCUACUCAACAUUUUCAACAGGAGAACUGACCACAUGCUAACUCCUUUUGGAGUUUCUCUGGAAGCCCUGUUCUCUCGGGUCCUUCCCAGAGAAAACCAACCUGGAGUCCACCACCUCCCUUAGAAGUAUUAGCCUAUUUCUGGCCUGCCAGUACCCAUCCCUGGGGAGUGGGAGUGCACAGAAGGGAUUUUGUCUUGUUUUAGUCACAGAGUUGACUGUCGCCAGAUCCAAAAAUGAGGCCAUCCAUGCUGAAAUAGCCCUUUGGCUCCUGGAAUCAAGACUAAUUUGACCCAGGCUCUUAUAGCCUUUCUAGAACUGCAGGGACCUUUGGCUAAACCCAUCCCUGUGUCCUUUGCCCUGGGACUUGUCCUCAGUGCCCAGACUGGAGGCAGGUAUAGGAUCCCCAGGCUGGAUUCUGACCCUAAUUUUGUCCUCCAUUUUCUUUGGUUUCCAUAUACCAUGUUGAAUCUCAGGUAAGUGAGGUCUUCUGUUUUUGGUGAGUCUUUAUUCAGACAGUCAGGGGCCAGCCUUGGGUGAUCCACCAGACAUCUGGCAAAAGCAACCUCUCUGUCCUGAUAAAGGCGUUAUCCAAAUCUCCACUUCUUGGAGGGCAGUUAGUUUAGUUUGGCACUGACCUUCAUGACCUUACAUCGAUCCUUAGAGAAAGCCAUAUAAAUCAGACCGCAAUAUUAAUUACGAAUGCUACUCUACAUUACAGGAGAAUAGACCAUGUGCUAACUCAACUUUGGAGUUUCUCUGUCCGUGUUUCUAGCUCUGUGUCGUAGCCAAGGACCUCCCCCACCCCCUCCCUCUUUCUAGCUGUAGGGGGGAGAGACAUAAAAACGCUGCUGACCCCUGUGCCGCUCCCUUGUGUGCGUGUUAUGUUUUUAGGAACCUGCUAUCGUGACUGGCCGUGGUUGUGACUGUGACAUUUGUCAUCCUGUGUGUCCCCGCUCUAUGUCUCUGCGCGUUUUAUCCUGUCCCCGAGAUGAAAUGCAUCGUGUUGUCAGUCAAUAAAUCAUGGGGGUGGGGGGUGGGGGUGGGAGGGGAAUGUCUAUCCAAAAUGCUUGUUUUCACAAAUGCAAACUCCGAGUAGACGGGGCAUUUCCCAAUAGCAAUGAGCUUGUCCUCCCAGUUUCCAGAUGCAUGGAGCCCCUCCCGUGCACGGUGCGGGGCCAAGGACCACCCGUGCACAGUGGAGACAUGUGGAUGUCCACCCCAUGGUGCUUUGCCUGCUUCUCUUCUUGCAUGACGUGGUGACUAAUGUGAUGUUCUUUUCCAACGGAAUAGCGGCCAAUAAAGAAUUCUAUGAUCUCA